UCCCCUCUGUCGAGCUGUCACUUGACAGCAGCAGCAUACAUGCACCGGAUUGAGGUCGCCUGCCGCUUUACGUUAAAGGCGUCGCCUUCGUUGCGUUUCCAACGGGGCAGCGACAUUAAAGGACGACAGCUUUGGCAUCUCCACGGGCGCAGCACGAAAGCGUAGGACGAAGGUUUUCGCUGCUAAUGCUAAGCGCUAGCCAGCUAGCUUGCGGACUGAUAGCAGGUGUUCGGCGGCAGACCGGCGGUGCAUUUAGCUGGCGAACGAAGGUCGGAUGAGCUAACGUUAGCUGCCGGUCAAGACGAUCCGUCUUCGGUUUGCCAGAAUAAAAUUGCCAAUGGAGUAAUUUUCGCAAGACAACGGCCAACACUUCCUAUGUCAUUUUAUGCAGUGUUGUCGAUUUCUUCACCUCCCCCCCCCCCCCCAAUCCCCCCGCCCGCCUUACGCCGUUAUGGAGUCAACCCAUAUCAUCGCUAACUAGCCUGCCGCGGCUAUGCUAAUGCCAGCCCAGUAAGGCUUGACGUCGUCGCAGGGCUGCGGAGUUCCACGAGCCGAAAGGCGUGCUCGAGAAUGCACACUGAGGGUCUUGGUGGACUGUCAGCCGAAGGAGAGGGACAUUUUUAGCUUCAACGUCGCCUUUCCCUCCCGCCCCCUUUAGUCCUUGAUGAGAUUGGGCCAUAUGGUUUGAGCCAGGCUUGUGGUGGAUAUUUGAUGAAGAAAAGGAUUAGGACAUUUUGACCCGAGAUCUGACUAAAUGUAUAGCACUGUUAUCAACUGAGUCGUGAGGUGGUGGCCGCCGUGCCGGUGAAGGGAAUAGAUUCUGAAGCUUAACCCACGGACUGCAGUUCCCAUAACCAGCUUGCAAAACGAUGGCUUCGGCGAGCAGUAUUGCUGCAGCCAUUGCUAGCAAAACCAAGACCAAAAAAAAGCACUUCGUUGCCCAGAAAGUGAAGCUCUUCCGUGCCAGCGAUCCUCAACUCAGCGUGGUGAUGUGGGGAGUCAACCACUCGAUAAAUGAGUUGAGCCAUGUUCAGAUUCCCAUCAUGCUCAUGCCAGAUGACUUCAAGGCCUAUUCUAAGAUUAAAGUGGACAACCAUCUAUUCAAUAAAGAAAACAUGCCCAGCCAUUUCAAAUUCAAGGAGUACUGCCCCCUGGUGUUUAGAAACCUGAGGGAGAGGUUUGGCAUCGAUGACCAGGAUUUCUUGAACUCCCUGACUCGUAGUGCUCCCUUGAACAGUGAGGCCCAGGGACGAAGUGGGGCUCGUUUCCAUACUUCGUAUGACAAGCGCUAUGUUAUCAAGACCAUCAGCAGUGAAGAUGUUGCAGAAAUGCACAACAUUCUAAAGAAGUACCAUCAGUUUAUCGUGGAGUGUCAUGGCAACACACUGCUGCCUCAGUUUUUGGGGAUGUACCGGCUCACCGUGGACGGGGACGCAACUUACAUGAUUGUUACACGGAACGUCUUCUCGCACCGCCUUUCCGUCUUUAAAAAAUAUGAUCUCAAGGGUUCCACUGUGGCACGAGAUGCCAGUGACAAGGAGAAGCAGCCGCCCCCACCAGAGGAUGUGCCCCUGCGGCCCAAAUCUGGUAACGUUCAGCAAAGGCUGCAAACACUGCGGAUCGCUACGCGCUUUUACUGCGCCAUGAAACACGUAAGAGAUGCUAAGGAGCUGCCUACCUACAAGGACAAUGACUUCAUCAAUGAUGGUCAGAAGAUCUGCGUCAAUGAUGAGAACAAGAAAAUGUUCUUGGAGAAGCUUCGGAAAGAUGUGGAGUUCCUGGCGCAGCUGAAGCUAAUGGACUACAGUCUGCUGGUGGGGAUCCACGAUGUGGAACGAGCAGAGCAGGAAGAGGUGGAGAGCGAGGACAACGAGGCCGAGGAGGAGGGCGGUGAGAGUGACGGGGGGGCCAUCGGGACCCCUCCUGACAGUCCGAGCAACACCUUGGACAGCACGAAGCCCCUGUCCCCGGGAGAGUUUGAUCCAACCAUUGAUGUCUACGCCAUCAAAAGCAGUGAAAGUGCUCCCAGGAAAGAAGUUUACUUCAUGGCCAUCAUUGACAUCCUGCAACAUUAUGAUGCCAAGAAGAAGGCCGCCCAUGCCGCAAAGACGGUCAAACAUGGCGCAGGAGCCGAAAUCUCCACAGUGAACCCUGAGCAGUACUCCAAGAGGUUUUAUGACUUCAUCACAACUAUUCUGUCAUAGCCCCCACGAGCACCAGGAGGUGCCGAGGCUCACGGGGAGAGGAUUUGUGCAGUGGGUUGUAGGGUGGAGACAAAACAUGAUGGAGAGAAUGAAGGUGCUGUGAUGUCUUUGUAUGACUCUCCCUUACCCAUCUCCUAACCUCUCCCUGUUUGACCUUCCUCUUACAGUGGGAUGCCACACCCUGCAGCAGCUAAAACCUUGUUUGUUUACAUUCAACCCCUCCUUGAGUUUUACUUGUUUGUUUUUUUGACUAGACUGUUGUCAAAAGCGUCGCCCCCUCCCCCCAGAAUGUGUAAUUAGUCGUCUGUGUUGUAGAAAUGUGGCUUUUAUUUUGCCUUUCGCAACUCGUACAGCUCGUUUUGGUGUUUGUGUCAGGCUCACCCUUAUGCUAUCAGCCGGGGCUGGGGGGGGGGGGGCAUAGGGGUGUCAGUUACGGUGAGGUUGGGCGGUCAAAUGCAGCACAGAACUCAGGUGAGAGCUCCAGGCAAGGUGGCGUGAUGUGAAGUGUUAUGCUGUGCUUUAGAGAGUAGAAAACAAGUCUUCCAGUAGGCGUUCAGCGAAAACAACCAACAGCCCCCCACGACCCCCCCCCCCCCCACCACAUCCCUGCUGAUUCCCACAUUCUUUGUGUUUCAUCAAUUCAUGUCCUUUUCCGUUGUGCUCUUGCCAUACGUCGAUACAGCGCUUCUCUCCACGCCGUGCACUCUCUCUCGUCAUUUUUGUUGUGUCGCGGACUGAAGAAAUUUGACUAAGAGAAGUACUUUCAAGUUAUGGGGACGGGGAAUGAUGCGGGUGUCGCGCGCGUCUUCCCACAUCGUAAAAGUAACUUCUGGUGCAGCGGUCUCUUCGGAGUCAGCAGCAGCCAUGAACAGGCUUUUGCCAUCAGCACCUUGUGUUUAAAAAAAAAAGAAAAAAGAAUUACUGCACUUUUUUUUGUCAUUACGGUCCAUAACAAACAUUUGACCUUUUAUUCCAUUCGUUUCAACUAAGAAGAAUCCUAUGAAUGUGUGGAAAAGCUGCAGGGACUUUCCUCCAUUUGGAGACCAACCACAAAAGUAUUGAAAUGGGACAAAGGGUGGAGAAAACCACUUUUUCCUGCUGCGAUCAUAUAAACCACAAUGCUGCCUCGCAUCUAUAGGAAGGACAAAGCUAGCUUCCUCUGGUAGCUUCCAUAAGGUAAAUGCAACUUUUUCCAAAAAGGCUUCUUUGAUCAUCGGUGGAGCAAUGCUUCCUUCCAGAUAGUCGAAAACAUUCAAAUGAAACAAUUAGAGGUUGGUUUGCAAAGAUGACAAGCAAUCCGUUGUCUUUAAGAUUGGCACAGCCCCCCCCCCCCCCCCCCCCCCCCCCCCCCACGCACACACACACACGUUUCCACUUUUACAGUGCAGCACCAUCACAUUUUUUUCCUUUUUUUGUUUUCAGUCGCCACUUUCAGACUUUUUCCGAUUUCUCUUGACAUUUGUUGAGGAUCACAAUAAAAUCGAAUCGUGAGCUCAAAAUGGAUUUGUCCCCCUCACUGCUGCUUCACCUGAGCUGCAGCCGGAGGAAAAGUGUUACUGCAAUAUUUGCUUACAAAGCAUCUUAAAAAGGAACCUUGCCCAGUCAGUAGUUGCAAGACGAACAUUUGCUUCCUGCGUCCGACAGCGGCACAUGCCGGAUGACCACUCUUGUGUGUGUGUGUUUAAAAUAUUUGUGGUACAAUAACGCUGUUUUCUGAAAAGCGUAAUGAUGCAGGCGCAAGUUUUCCCAUUUGUGUUGGAGGGUUUUUGUAUAUUUUGCACACAAGGAAAGGAACCAAAUGUUACGAACAACAACCCCAAUUAUUCGACGCGGUCUUAAGAAGGGAAAUGCAAUAUACGUAUGUGUGUGUUUGUGUUGAAGUGAGAAAAGUGGUUUUGCGCGUGACGUGUAGUACUUCUGUAUAACUAACUAAAGCAAGUAACAUCCUCUUCGGCCCGUUUUAACCCGUGGAAAAAACAAAUCCCAUCCCAAUACGUUUGUGUAGAUAUCAGAUUAUAUUCACAUUUAUAUUUUUACAUUGGAUUUUAGUCAUGAAAUAUAGUUGUAUUUAAAAGAAAAAAAACGAGUCAUCCAUGGGGAUUAAUGACGGUGCUGUGGUAAAUGAAGAAUAAUUAUGCUUGAAUUUCUAAAAUGCUUACUCUGAUGUGCUAAAAGAAAAAAGGAAUUUAAAAAAUUGCAUGUCACAGGACUAAAUUUCCUUUUCUCUCUAGUUAGUGUUGUCUGUUUAGGUUCUUUUUGUGACCCUACACUUUUGAUGUGUGAGCUGUUCUAUGUCAUAUAGCCCCCCCCCCACCCCACCAUGCUUUAACUGUUUUCAUUGUUACACUGUGCAAGAUGUGUGCCUUUAUACUCUGGAAAUUAUUUAAUUUUAUAUUUUGUAAUCUUUUUUUAAAAUAAAUGUCAAAUGUUCUUUUGAUAA